ACUUUUGUGGGCGUGUUUCUGGGAGGACUGCCAUUUCGGUCAUUUAAUAGAUGAGCUUUAAAUUUAGUGGGUUCUUUUUUUUUUUACAUGUAGCCUAAGCUGGGAAUAGUCAAAUUAUUAUUACUACUAUUAGGCCAAAUUGAAGUCUAGUCAAUAGUUUGACUAGCCAUAUUCUCCAAACGACUGGCAUCAUGAAAUGGCUCAUCAAACCACCUGUAACUUGUGAUUGUAGUCUGAGUCUGUGUUCUGACUCUACUUUUACUUUUACUUAUACUUUCUGGUCUCAAGACAAAUUAAAAUUUAUCUGCACUGUCUGAUAGAAAUUAUUAAUAUGUAGAAAUUAUUAAUGUUAUGCAUUUCUAUUGUCCAUUCAUUAUGAUUAUAAUUAUAAUGUAGAGAGUCCAACUAACUCUUGACAUAUUAAAUUAUAAUCAUAAUGAAAAAGGCAUGGCGCGAAUGUCAAUUUUAUCAAUAUUGCAUUUAUUUAUCAUAAUUUAUGUUAUAGUUAUGCCAAUACCAGGACUUAAACUUAAUUAAAUAAAUUCAUGAAAAUGAUAGAGUUUGCCAAUUAAGUACUGGCUUCUGGGUCCUUGAUUUUCUUGAAAGGCUAAAAUUGACAAACGGAUCCUCUCAGACAUCUAGGCAACAAUUACACCUACUAAUACUACCAAAUAGUAUCAUAUUGAUUGAAUCAUGUUACAAAUUACUAAACCCAGUGUACUCCAGCAUUAAUUUAUUUAAUGAUUAAUGCCCAGACAUGUCAAUUUAUUAGCUAUUGAUUUUGACUUUUACCUAAUUUUAUCUGGCAGUAAAUAAAUAAUUCUCUGAAAUCUUAAGUUAAUAUUUAAGGCUCAGACUCUGACCUUUCACCCAUUUCACUUGAACCUGCACAACUCCUUGGCCUUGUUAAAUACAUAAUGACAGUCAGUGAUAAGAUAAAUGGGGUGACUCCAUUUGUUUACCUUGUACAAACACCCCUGUCCCUAUGCUGAUGAAUGUUGCCACUAAAAUUAAUUUAUCAACUUUUCGAGGUUCUUUGUUAACAGUAAUCAGUGAGAGGAUGAUGAGCAUACAGUUUCAGAAAUAAUUGAAACUGAUUAUUCAAUUAUGAAAAUUUAAUUGAAAACGUAGUAUCAUGGGUUACUAAUUUAAAUUAAGUAAAACUUAAGUUAUCAAACACUGUGAAGUACUUUAAAUAAUACAGUUUUAAAAUGUAUUAAUUUCUAAUUAUUUUUUAUUUCAGUUGCAAGAUUGAUUUGUUGCUGCAACAUUCCACAAGGGAAUAUAGAUUAGAAAGAAGAUUAUAAACAAUUUAAUUAAAAUUUGAGGAGAAUGUCUAAGAAAUAUCAGUUCUAAUAUUUUGAAUGCUUGAAACUUGUUAUUAGUUGUUAGGCAUAAAAAAAAAAGAAAAAAUCUUUACUCAAUUGAAUGACAAUGGAAUAUUGUCGAAGAGCAGGACAUGUUAUCAGCAAGGCAAAGCUAUGUAUGGUGCAUAGUCAGCGAAACAGAAAUGUUCUAAACUGUAAUUUUAAUUUGUCACGGCAAUCUUUAACUACAGCCAAUUAUUUUCAAGUCCUGGAGAAGAAUACAUUCAAAUACUUACCAGGAAUUAGUGUCAGAUUUUAUUCCAAUGUAGCCUUAACAACAUCAAGGUACCCAAAUCUAAGAAGAGGACCAUUUGCUGUCUUAACAGACCAAGACAUUCAUCACUUUGAAAAGAUCAUACCUGGUCGAGUUAUCACAGGUGAAGAUGAACUUUUGGGCUACAAUACUGAUUGGCUGAAAACUGUCAGAGGUAAAAUUUUAGAAAAAUUUUGGAUCCAACAAAUAAUUUACCUUAGUUUCAUUAUUAUAUAUUAACUUAUAAAUUACAGAAUAAAUAAUGCACAUUUUAUAAAUUAAAUAUUGUAAAAAAAACAACAGAUGAAAUCAUAAUUUUUAAAUGAUCUGGCUUUUAUUUUUAUUAUCUCUAGCAUUUUAUCAAACAAGUUACAUUGUAACCUAUCUUCAUUACAGGAUCAAGCAAAGUGGUUCUUAGACCGAAAACUACCCAAGAAGUCUCAGAGAUUUUACAGUAUUGCAAUAAUCAUAAUUUGGCUGUCAAUCCACAAGGUGGCAACACUGGCAUGGUAGGUGGAAGUGUGCCAGUGUUUGAUGAGGUCAUCAUCUCCACCCAGCUGAUGAACAAGAUCAUUAGUUUGGAUACAAUUUCAGGUAUUACACAUUAUUUGUCUCAUGUGAAGAAAUUCUCACUUCACAUGUCCAAGGGCAAUUUUAAAAUAUAUUUUAAAAUAAAUUUAAUUUAGACCUCUAUUUAAGAUAUUUAUUAUUCAUGUUUUCUGACAAUGAGAUGACACAGUUGUUGGUUGCCAACGAAAUUCCUCACCCAAGCUUUGUUGGAGACAUUUCCAUCUUCUCUUGGAGCUGGACAUAUGCCAAUAACACAUAAUUUCAAUUAUGAGGUAACAUAAAUACAUGGUCUUUAUGAAUGAAAUGUUCAAAUAUUUAAAAAUGUAUUUAUGCAACAGGAACAUUGGUUUGUCAGGCUGGAUGUAUCCUGGAAACUCUGGACCAAUUCUUACAAGAUUAUGAUCUUACAAUGCCCCUGGAUCUUGGUGCCAAAGGCAGUUGCCAUAUUGGCGGAAAUGUUGCUACAAACGCCGGAGGAAUUCGUUUGUUGAGAUAUGGCUCUCUACAUGGAACUGUCCUCGGCAUAGAGGCUGUAAGUUUUUAUUAUUCUUCAUUUUUUUAGAUUAUGAAAAAAAUAGGAGCAUACAUUUUAAUAUCUAUAAGUAUACUUGAAAAAGUAUUCAUUUUCAUAUGAAAAUACAUUUUUGGGGCAUAUUCUUAGUGGUUCAUAAGAUUUUUUAAAAGCUUUUCUCUUGAAAAUUCCGUUUGUGUUUGGUUUUUUUAGGUUCUACCUAACGGAGAAAUAGUAGAUUGCCUGACAACUCUUAGAAAAGACAACACAGGAUACGAUCUGAAACAAUUAUUUAUUGGCUCUGAGGGAACCCUUGGAAUUAUUACUGGAGUUUCCAUUAUCUGCCCACAACGUCCCAAAUCUAUUAGUGUAGCUUUGCUGGGUCAGUGGAUUUAAAAACAAAUUUAUUUCCUAAUUAAUCUGUAGCAGGUAAAGUUUAUUUAAGCUUCAGGGGUUAGGGAGCAAAAUUACAAAAGAUAAACUGAGUUCAUUAUCCAAAAUUCCAGAAAGAUGGCCCCCUACUGAGGUAAGCGAGACAAAACAAAGAUUAAUGGGUCUUGCUAAAGAAACAUGAAACAAUGCAAAAUGUUACAGUUGUCAGUCAAAAAAGCAACAACAUAUCCUUGUUUUCUUACUUUUAUUAUUUGUUUUAUUUCAUUAAAAGUGCUAAUAUUUAUUCUUCUUGCUGUUUCCACAGGUUGUGAAACAUUCCAGUCAGUCCUUGAUCUUUUUGUAUCCUGCAAAUCACAUCUGGCUGAAAUUUUGUCUGCCUUUGAGUUCAUGGACUCCCAAUCAAUGACUUUAGUGAAAGAAAAUUUAAACCUAACAAGUCCCAUCAGUGACUACCCCUUCUAUGUGUUGGUGGAGUGCAGUGGCUCUAAUGGCAAGCAUGAUGAGGAGAAGUUGACUAACCUGUUGCAGGCUGUUUUGGACAAUGGACAAGCUCUGGAUGGCUGUGUCGCAACCGAUUCUACCAAAAUCAAGGUAAAGGAAUAUGGCUGUGGCAUCAAUAUGUAUAUUCUUUUUACUCGUUUAUAUCAUUGGCUAAAAUUUCAAUUUACUAACUUGGAUUUAAAAUGGAGGCCAAGCACAAUAGUCAUAACGUUUUUCUGCCAUAUUAAAUGAAAGGGUAAAUAAAACCAAUGUUCAGAUUUAAGUCUAUGCCUUAUGUGUAGAUGUAUACAUACAAGCAGGAGAAAAUAUCUUUAUAAUGAUCUGUAUCUAUGCAUUUUCAUUAAACUAUUUCAAUGUAAUUAAUACAUAUAACCCUUGCGGCAAUGAAGAUGUUCCAUUUUAGUAGCCAGAAGUAAUAGAUGUUAGAUUAUUUAAACUUAUCCUUUAAAUAGCCCCUCUAUAAUGUGUAUAACUUAUGCACAGUGUAAUUUGUCCUUUGUGCUGGUUUAUAAAUACUUUUUGUGGAAGCAUUGAACUGAACUAAUGGCUUCAGAGUUUAGGAUUAGUUAGUUUUUUUAAAUUGACAACAAGCAUUAUUUAUGAUAGCUAAUCAAUCAUCUAAUAAUCUUUACUUUCAUGAAAUACUUAAUACUUGAUAAAUAUGGAUUCAAAAUUUACCAUUUGCAUUCUGUAAUAAGAAGUGUAGAAUCUGGACCAUCUAUUGAUAAUUUGACACAAGCAUUUACAAUGUUUGUUUCAUCAACAGUCUAUCUGGGGCCUAAGAGAACGAUGUGCUGAAGCCCUGAUGGUAGAUGGAUACUGCUAUAAAUAUGAUAUGUCCCUGCCUUUGUCCAAGUUCUACCAACUUGUAGAGGACCUGAGAGUGAGAUUAGGGGAGAAUGCACUCCGGGUUGUUGCAUACGGUCAUGUUGGUGAUGGUAGGUAUCACAAGAGAUGUUGAAUUGUAAACAAAAUGAAUUUAAAUUUUGCACAUAAUUGCUAGUUGUAAAUUUUAGAUUCCAUUAUUCUUCAUUCAAGUUAUUUAUAAUAUAUUUUACUUAGAACAUACCAAAGUUAAUAAAAUAGCUUAGAUAUACUCUUUGUUUUAACAUACUUGGCCAUGCCAACUUCUCUUUGAAACAAAUUUUAAAAGUAUGUUUGUUUUUUUUUCAAUUUAAAAAACCCCCCCAAAAAAUCCAGUUUUUUAAAAGUAAUUAAAUAUUUAUUUACGGCUCAGGUAACCUUCACUUAAACAUCACAAGUAAAGAUUACAGCAAAGCAACCAUGGAACUGAUUGAACCCUAUGUCUUUGAUUGGGUGGCUGAGCACAGAGGAAGUGUCAGUGCAGAACAUGGCCUUGGUUUCAAAAAGAGAAAUUACAUUUACCACAGCAAAACUCUGCCUGCUGUUGCCCUCAUGGCUACUCUAAAGAAGGCCAUAGACCCUAAAGGAAUUAUGAAUCCCUACAAAGUUUUACCUGAAAUAAUUCGGCACUGAGCACUGGUGGGAUGAAGAGAAAACCGCAUAUCAAUGGUGUUUAUUGUGAAUUAUUAUUUUUAUUAUCAAGGCAAUCACUAUGAUAAAGCUUUCUUGGCUUUGGUGAUAUUGUGGAAUGAAUUUUGAUUACUUAUUAUUAUAAGCCAAGGAUCGAUCCGAAUGGAAGAAUGUGGUGGAGUAGGCCAGGGCCCUACAUGGGCUGCAGCGCCACUGAUGAUGAUGAUUGUUUAUAAGACUGGUUUAUAUUUAUGCAAUUAUAAUUUUAUGAUACAUUUAUAAAAUUUAAACUGAGUUUCUUUUACACAAAUGAAAAAUUAUUUCAAUAUAAAAUUGUGAAAUGUAUAAAUUUGUUUUUAAAUUGAUUGUAGAAGCAUGAUAUAAAUAUUUAAAAGUAUUAUUUUCAAAGAUUUUUAAGUUUAUGGCAAUACUUAUUAGAUAUAAUUGUACAUUUUUAAUGACUGUAUUCCAGUAUUUUUAUAAACUGUUUAUCAUAUAAAAUAAAAUUGUUAAAUUUGCUGUUAAGUUUAAAUCAGAAAUCUCAUCUGAUUAAAUUUCAAUUAUGAAAAUGAACAAAG